AUGCGGAAAUGUGGAAAGCCAAUUUUUCCUGUCGAUUUGUAUCGAAUUUUGAAAAUAUGCAAACAUUGGAAUUCUUUCAUGGAGCAUCGGAAAAAAACCAAUGUUCAACCAAGCCUUUCUCGGAACUUCUAUGGGAUAAUGUUCAACCAAGCCUUUCUCGGAACUUCUAUGGGAUAUACUAACAUACCUACAAACAGACUUUUCCAGGUUCCACAGCACCAACAAAUGCGUCCAUAUAUGUCACCACAAGGCACAAUGGUUACCCCGACUCAUCAAGGAGGUAAGUCCAAAGUGGUGGUUUGA